AUUAGGUGGGCAAAUGAGGAAAAGAUUGGAUUUGGCAACUAGGUAAUUGGAUUUGUCAACAUCUGUCCGGCUUUAGGACCCAGCGGAGUGUGAGGCGCACAUGGCAAAGUGUGGCUGCUCCGGUACGAGAGGGGAUGGUAGGUCCGCUUCACUACUCAACAUCCCCUCUCUCAUUCUGGCUUUUCUACCGCUCCUUGUCAUAACCCUAUCACAUGGCCAACACCUCCACACACACACACAAAAACCCUUUAGCUAACACAUGUGUUUGAACGUUUUUCCCCCCAGACAGUUGCCCGCCAAACGUCUGGGGUAGGAAGGAAAAGUUUUUGACAGCUUCUUUUUUGAAAUGACAGCCUGCCGCAUCUUGGACUCUUGGUGGUGAAGCUUUUUUUUUGCCUCUUAACCCCCCGUUUUAACCCCCACUACACACCUCCGUGAACUGCUUUGACCUGUAUCCUCCAUCCUGUCCCCUGUGUGAAGUGUCUGGUCGUGCUGCAUUAAUAACGCAGUUUGACCGGAGCGCUUUCUCCCCCUCCCCGGCUUCACCCCCACCGAGCCCGGGCAUCAUGAGAACCUGGAGGCGGCGGAAGAACUUUGCCUUUCUGAUCUUCGCUCUCCGCGUCUGGUGCCUGUCCACGGCAACAGAAAAUGCUGACAGCAUGCUUCACAGUAUCCAGGAGGGAAGUAGUUCAGACAAGCCUAAACAGCGAGGGGAAGCAACCAAAACAGAGCGCUAUGGGACCACCGUACCGCUACUGCUGAAGGGCAAGGAGCGCAGACCCCUCUGCCAGCUCCCAGCCGGGAGACAUCCUGCGUCACUCCAGCUGCUGGUACAAGCGGAAGGUGAACAGCUGAUCCUGUUGCUGGAGAAAAAUGAGGGUCUUUUUGCAAGCCAUUACACUGAGACACAUUACCGGGAGGAUGGAAGUGCAGUCACCGGUGCUCACAACUUCACGAAUAACUGCUACUACCAUGGGGAAGUUCAAGAGCAUCCAAACUCUGAUGUCACCCUCAGCACCUGCUCAGGCCUUCGAGGCUUCAUCGCGCUUAAAAACAAGACAUUCAUCAUUGAGCCGGUGUCUGGCCAUGGCAACUGUACCCACUCCAUAUACCGAGUGGAAGAACUCAAACUGACCCCAGGAGACUGUGGCCACGGCUUCAACAUGUCCUCUGUUGCCCCUGAAAACCACAUCAAAAACCCUUUUCAAUCCUUUCACACAAGGCAUAAAAGACAUGCUCAGAAGACAACCAAGUAUGUAGAGCUGAUCAUUGUUGCGGACAACAGAGAGUUUCAGAAACACGGGAGGGACGUGGAGAAGGUGAAACAGAGACUGGCAGAGAUAGCCAAUUAUGUGGACAAGUUCUACAGGGCCCUGGACAUCCGGGUGGCCCUGGUGGGUCUUGAGGUGUGGAGUGACUCUGAUAAAUGUCCCAUCACCCAGGAUCCCUUCACCACCCUGCACGAGUUCCUAGACUGGAGGAAAGUCAAACUGCUGCCCCAGAAACCUCACGACAAUGCUCAGCUCAUCAGCGGGGUUUACUUCCAGGGUACCACCAUUGGCAUGGCACCCAUUAUGAGCAUGUGUACAGUUGAGCAGUCUGGAGGCAUUGUCAUGGAUCACUCUGAGAACCCACUGGGUGCAGCUGUGACUUUGGCACACGAGCUGGGACACAAUUUUGGCAUGAACCACGACACCCCAGAGCGCGGCUGUGGCUGCAGGAUGACUGUUGAUCGUGGAGGCUGCAUCAUGACCCCCUCCACAGGGUAUCCAUUCCCAACAGUUUUCAGCACAUGCAGUAAGAAGGACCUUGCUGCCAGUCUGGAGAAAGGCGUUGGCAUGUGUUUGUACAACAUGCCCGAAGUCAAGGUGCUCUAUGGUGGCCAGAAGUGCGGCAAUGGUUACGUGGAAGAGGGAGAAGAGUGUGACUGCGGUGAGCCAGAGGAAUGUAUGAACCCAUGCUGCAACGCCACCACAUGCACCCUUAAGGGAGAUGCCGUGUGUGCCCACGGACAGUGCUGUGAAGACUGCAGGCUGAAACCAGCUGGCACCCUGUGUCGAGAGUCCAGCAACUCCUGUGACCUGCCAGAGUUCUGUACUGGUGCCAACCCUCACUGCCCAGCCAACGUUUAUCUGCAUGAUGGGCACGCCUGCCACAAUGUCGAAGGCUACUGCUACAACGGCAUCUGCCAGACUCAUGAGCAACAGUGCAUCACCCUGUGGGGACCAGGAGCCAAGCCUGCCCCUGGGAUAUGCUUUGAGCGAGUCAACUCUGCAGGGGAUCCUUAUGGGAAUUGUGGGAAAGACUCCAAAGGCUCCUUUGCCAAAUGUGAUGCGAGGGAUGCAAAGUGUGGUAAAAUUCAGUGCCAGGGAGGAGCCAACCGGCCUGUGAUCGGAACAAAUGCUGUUUCUAUUGAAACCAAUAUCCCGCUACAAGAAGGAGGGCGGAUUCUGUGUCGAGGAACACAUGUUUACCUGGGUGAUGACAUGCCUGAUCCUGGACUGGUUCUGGCUGGUACAAAGUGCGGAGAUGGCAUGGUGUGCCUGAAUCGGCAGUGUCAGAAUGUCAGUGUCUUUGGUGUGCAUGAGUGCUCUGGGAAGUGCAAUGGACGUGGGGUGUGCAACAACAAGAAGAACUGCCACUGUGAAGCACACUGGGCGCCUCCGUUCUGUGAGAAAACAGGCUUCGGUGGGAGUAUUGACAGCGGGCCAAUGAGACUGGCAGCCGACAGUGUGGUCAUUACAGUGGCAAUCCUGGUCACCCUGGUCAGCCUUCUGGUAACCAUCGUGAUCAUCUUUCUGAAGAGGAAGACUCUUCUGCGCCUACUCUUCACCAAUAGGAAGAGCACCUUGGAGAAACUCAGAUCUGUGGAGGCCAACAGACCAACCAGCCCCAUCAGGACUCAGUCCCAUUACAGGCCCACACCACAGCGCAAGCCUCCACCCACACCCUCCGGCAUCAACAUUUAUAAGCCGUCUCUCCUGAGUGCGGAGCCACUUCUCCCUCCACACAACUUCCACUCUCACAGCCUGCGCAGACUGCCCCUCUACCAGCCCCUGCACAUCAGUCAGCCCAUGCCGGUGUCUCUGAGCGUGGGUCAGCCCACCCUGCCGCCUCUCCCGGCCCACCACAGGGUCCUGCCCGUCCACACGUCCCUCUCGCCAUCUCGAGUGCCACCUUUUCUCAGUCUGCCUCGCCAGCAGUCAUCGUACAGGGUGGACCAGGAGAAACCCAGGCCACCCCAGAAACCCUUACCUGCAGACCCACUAGGGAGGAGCUCUCGGCUCGGUCACAGCGCCACGGCAGCCGGGGUCCACACCCUCGGAAAUGGACCCCUCCCCAUACCUAUCCCCACUGUGCCCAGGCCUCCACCCACCAUCCCUUUACCCAGCAGACCUGUGCCGAUGUUGCCCUAUAGACCACCAAAGAAGGACUGCUGAGCUCUUGACAUCACGGAGUGGAUCCGUCCACUAACAGAGGGAUAUUUUCUUGAUUUGCACUAAUUACUGAGACUCUGUAAGACCUUUUGGACACUAGUAUCACAGAGUUUCUAGUGAAAGGGGGCAGACAUCACAUCUCGGUGCUACGCCUCUAAAAGGUGCUUUUUUGUCCUCGCUCAGGUACCAAUGAACUAUUUAUCUAUUUAACUAUUUAACUUCAAUAUUAGCAAUCUCUGAACGGAGCACUCUGAUCAAGAGUGACUUUUCCCCGUGGAAAAGCUUAGAAAAGAAGGAAACAUUUCUUUAAGGUAUUUCUUUUGCAUUCUUUGGUGAUUUUUAUACUUUUUUCUCAAAUGAAAUGCUGAAAUAUAUGAUGUUUUUAUAACUAGGGAAGUCGCUUGAAUAAUUGAAGCGCAAAAAAGUUUGUUUUUGGGACUAAAAUGAAGAUAAGGGAAAUGGAGCACAGCUCAGCAAGUUGUCAGUGUAGCUUGUGGGCCAUAGAGCAGUGUUAUUUAUUCUGUUUUUCAUAUUUUUAUGAGGUAUUGAAUACCAAACACAUCUUUUCUAUUCAUGUCGCCACGGUGCUACAAAGUAGAUAUUAAUCAAAUGUUUUAUUAAUUAAACACAUGCAUUCAUAUUAAAGCCUCGGACUACACCACUUUUCUUGGGAUUAAUCCGCUCUGCUCAUUUUACAGUCUCGCAGUCAGGCUCCUUUAUUCCCUUAUAAGUUCACUUUCUCAGUCAAGUACAAAAGUACUUUUCACACGUUUCAGACUGGCUCUGACACACUGCUCGGGGCAUGUGUUGGACGCCCAACAUGUUUUCCUGAUAACUGGCAGACGCUGCGGAGUCUCAACAGAUUCGACAGACUGAUUGUGUUCCAGAGAAUUACACCAACACCAAAUAAUUCAACAUUAACUCUGGUGUUUGUAUGUUUAACAUUUACGCUCACUUUGUCUCCGAGUGCGCGAGCCAAGAGGAAUGACUUCAGCGCUGUGAGCUUUCCAAUCUCCUCCUCGACUGUGUCCAACGAGAUGUUUUACCGUAUCUGUCCCGUCUUUCUGUUUUUUUUGCCUUCAUAACAUUCCUUUUGGAUUUUGUACGGUUGUGUUAUUCCUGAACUCUGAGAUUAUUCAUGCAUUCACAGCAUCGUUCAUUAGAUUCAGAGCUUGGCGUUGCACUCUGAGUUAGGCAAUUUCCUUGAUGUUAUUUGUUGUUGACUUGCUGUUACACAAGAAGGGAUUCAAACUUUACAGCGCUGUUACUUUUCCUGUGUCAAUGUUCACUUUGGCAUUUUUAUAUUUGCGGUGUACCCAAAUACAGUGCUUGUUUUCACACCAAUGCAGACCGAUUGAAGCCAGUAAAGCCCUGCAUACCUGCGUUGCAUUCGUGUACAGACGUGUGCAAAGUAACGCUUUUUCUUGAGACGUAUUCGACAGUCAGAGUAACUGCUCUCCGCUGGAAAAUGUUUGUCAGUGCUGUGUCGAUGUUUAUACCAUUUGUAAAUCCUAAAUGUAACGUGUUUAUUUGCAUAACUGUAACAUGUUUGAAAGCCAUUGUAAAGUGUAAAUAUUGUAUGUCAGUUAUUAUCAUUUCUCUUCUUUGUUUUUGUUCUUUUUUUUUACAAGCACAGUAAGAACUGCUUCGACGCCGUGCCCCGUUUACACUGGGUGGUGAAAACGUAGAACUCACAGACAAAUGAGAGAUUUUAUUGAUGAAAUCAGAGCCAAAUAAAAGUACCUUUAUGACUGUUUACAAUACAUUGUUUUAAUUU